UGACGUGUUCCCUGUGGGACAUAUUUCACAAUAGGACAAGCAGUGUGCUGGUCGGGAAACGUGUAAACCAAACGUGUGUGUAAUAUUUCUCGUGUUUUGGAGUUUAGAGUCGUGGAAUCGCGAGUAAAUGCUGCAAUUAACGUGAUAAAUUACGUGUUUGAAUAUAAGGAUCAAACCGGAAGUCAGUCUUUGAGAGACGCUGGGAUAAUCCGGUAGAAGCCAUGAAGAAGAAACUGCAGAAGAGCAGUGAAGAGGAGCAGCCGGGGCAACAGCCGGCUGACUACGUGGUUGGUCAGGUGUCAGGAAGUUUGUUCCCGAAGAAAUCUGCAGCCUCCGGAUCGCUGUCGGCUUUAUUCGGGGCUGCUGCGCCCGCUCCACCUGUCCUCUUUCAGCCUGCACCCAAGCCUGUUCUGAAAACCGUGGAAGAAACAGAGAAGCCAAAGGAAACCCCAGAAGUCGAAGUUCCACUUAGCAAGAAGAAGCAGAAGCAGCUGAAGAAUAAAACAAAAGCCGACCUGAAGGUGGAAAACAGGGAGCUCAGUCUACAGUGCGCAGACGAUGACGAGCAAGGGCCGGCGAAGAAGAAGAUAAAGAAAGGGGCCGAGUCGAGCGGAGAGAACGAUGCGGAGAAGUGGGUGAUAAAGAGACAGAACGUGAGGGCCAGAAAGGAAGAGGAGGUGACAAAGAAGAAGAGGACGGUGUUCGUAGGAAACCUGCCCGUCAGCUGCACCAGGAAGACCCUGCAGAGCCUCUUCAGGGAGAAAGGAUCCAUCGAGUCUGUGCGGUUUCGCUCUGUGGUCAGAGAGGAUCCCGCCAUGUCCCGCAAAGUAGCAGCUAUCCAGCGCAAAGUUCAUCCCAAGAAGCAAAGCAUGAACGCCUACGUGGUGUUCAAAGACGAGGAGGGAGUCACCAAGGCGUUAGAGAGGAACGGCAUGGAGAUCGAGAAAGGCUUUCACAUCCGAGUGGACAAAGUGACGGACAGCUCGUCACACGAUCACAAACGCUCCGUAUUCGUGGGGAACCUUCCGUUUGAAAUAAACGAGCUGUCUUUCCGGCAGCACUUUGAAGAGUGUGGCCCAGUGGAGGCCGUCCGGCUGGUGAGGGACCAGAACUCCGGACUGGGGAAAGGGUUCGGCUAUGUCCUGUUUGAGAGCGCCGACUCGGUGCAGCUGGCUUUGGAGCUGGACGGCUCCAAGCUGGACAGCAGGACCAUCCGCGUGAAGAGGUCGGUGAAGAAGGAGAAGCAGAAGAGUAAACCAGACGGCAAAGGAGCUCCAGGGAGGGCCGGAAAGGGACCUGUGAAGGGCUCGGGGCCUGACAGGGGAGGCGCCCGGGGGGGUUUCAAAGCUGAAAAGAAGUUCUCUGGAAACCGACCGACUGCGACUAAAAGCUCCACCUCUUUCAAAGGAGAGAUGACGGAUCCGAACAAAAAGAGUAAAAAGACAGGACUGAAGAAGAGCAGGAAGCCCAGGAAGCCCAGAAAGACCGUUCACAUCUGAUUCACAUUAAAGAUAUAAACGUGUGUGUGAGGACAGUGUGUUAGCUUUAACACACUGUCAGGGAGAACAGGAGGAAGGUUCACUGAGAUAUCUGGAAAAUGAAGAACCGGCCUGUUGUACGAUAGUCCAAGUUCUUCUCAGUAAAUGUUAUUUUCCUGUGCUCCAGACUACUUCCAGUUCCAUCCACUUUGUAAAACCAUCAAGGUGGAGUCUGUGUUUCUGGGUUCAGAUUGUAGGGAUUUGAAUUCUACACCAAAACAACUGCUAACACUUGUGAUGGUUAGCAUUAGAGCUAACGGUUAUUUUCUCAAUUAAUCGUUUGGUUUGUAAAAUAUCUAUCUUUUAUUAGUCGAUUUAUCAAAAGUCGGUAAGUAUUUUCCUGUGGUUGCAACUCUUCCCUUUAUUAUCCUUUACAUACAAGUGCCACACACCACUUAAUCACACUCUAUGACACACACUGUUUCACCUGUUGUAUUGAGUUAUAUUGUUCCUGUUGUUAAAAUAAAAUCCUUCAUUUUG